AUGGCUUCUCCCUCUAGACAGCCCCCGGUCGGGGGAUCUGGACUGCUUCAAGGGAGCCGGGCUCGUUCUUAUGGAAGCCUGGUGCAGUCUGUCUGCUCCCCAGUGAGGGAAAGACGUCUGGAGCAUCAGCUGGAACCUGGAGACACUCUGGCUGGACUAGCACUCAAAUACGGGGUGACGAUGGAACAGAUUAAGCGUGCAAACCGCCUUUAUACUAAUGACUCCAUCUUCCUGAAGAAAACCCUCUACAUCCCCAUCCUGACAGAGCCCAGAGACCUGUUCAAUGGUUUGGAUUCUGAGGAAGAGGAAGAGGUACAGCCUAGUAAGGAUGAAGCUGGGCCACACUCAGCUGAGAGGAAAAAGCACGAGAUAGGUUCGAGACAUGCUAAUGGUGAAGUCCUCCCCACACCUGGCCAGGAACCCCCCACACCCAUCCAUGACCUCUCGGCCUCUGACUUCCUUAAGAAGCUUGAUUCACAGAUCAGCCUGUCAAAGAAGGCUGCUGCUCAGAAGCUGAGAAAAGGGGACAGCAGGGUGCCUGGGGAAGAUAUAGGUCCCCACCUGAGCUCCCCUCGGAUGCAGCAACGAGCAGUCCUUGGUCCUGUGCCGCUGACCCAGACCUCACGGACCAGAACACUACGGGACCAGGAGGAUGAAAUCUUUAAACUCUGAUGUCCCCAGAACUGAUUGAGAGCAGCAAGAUGUUGAAGGAACAACUUGAGGGGGAGAGGAGCCUGAGGUGAGGCUCAAGAACAUGGCUUCCCAGCCCACCUCCCUCCACUCCUGCCAUCUUCCCCAGCCUCCUUAUCCAUCCAAGGGUUCCUCGGCCUGGGGAAGUUUUAUUAUAAGAGUAGGGGAUGAGAAAUAGGCCUCUUUGGUUUUUUGGCUGAAUCUAGUACCUUAGAUUCAAAAGUCUCUUUUUACAUCCCUGCUGCCUUUCCUAUCC